UCUCCUUCAGUCGUGUCGUUUUUACGUGCAAUCGUUGGUUGUGCCCGAUGGUGCGCGGAAAAAUUUGGUGAAGUUGGUUUUAAUUUGUGAAAAAUUCCUAUUUUUACAUUUCCAAAUUGGUGAAGAAGUCGAUAAAAGUCUCACUAUUGAAUAAAUUGCGCGUAUUUCCACCAUAUAAAGAUUUUUUAUCAAAAAAACUGCAUUGAAAUUUCAGGAUUUCUAGCAUUUUUUCGCUUUGUUAAAUGACUUGCGCUUGAAAAAGAGGAAAAGAGAAAGCGGCAAACGCAUUUCAAGAUAAUGGCGGCAUGACUUGGUACUUUUCAGUUUGUUUAAACGAGAAAGCUAGCUGUUGUGAUUCGCGUGAAUGUGCACUCACUUAAACGUGUGUGUUCGUUAAUCGCAAGCAACAAAGGAGCUAAGCGGAUACGCAAGAUGUUCUGUGCAUUCUGUGUGCUGUGAGUACGUUUUCGUUAAACAGAACGAGCGAAAAGUACUGUUUUUUUCAGUGCCGUGCGCUGAGCUUUGAAGCGAAAGCGGGACAGACGAACUGUGUAAAAGUGUGCGCAUGUUCGAUUUUGAAAUCUUUUUAAUUUGGAUUUUGUGAACGGAUUUUCCUCACAGUAAUCGGAGGAAUUGAAUUAUUUGUCCCCAUUGUUACUCGUUGACUGUUUUGCUUGUUAAAAGUAAAGAGAAGGAGGAAUAACAUCGACGGUAGGGAGUGUGUGUUUGUUUUAUGUGAAAUAAAAGGAAAGUAAAAUAUACAAUAAAAACAAAUAUUCAACAAAAAAGAGUUUGGAAAAAAUUAUAUAGCAUAAAAUGAUUAAAAUGGAGACUGACAAAAUUAUGGACGAGACUAACUCCAAUUCGCAAGCAUUCACAUCGACAAUGCUGUAUGAUCCCGUCCGUAAGAAAGAAUCAUCGCAAAUAUUUCAAAAUGAACGUGAGACCUGCUUAACCUACUUCUCGCAAUGGAACGAAGCGGAUCAGGUUGAAUUCGUGGAGCAGCUGCUCACGCGCAUGUGCCACUACCAGCAUGGACACAUAAAUGCGUUUCUCAAACCGAUGCUGCAGCGUGACUUUAUCACAUUAUUGCCGAAGAAAGGUCUCGAUCACAUUGCCGAAAACAUACUCACCUAUUUGGAUGCAGAUUCGCUCAAGUCGGCCGAAUUGGUAUGCAAAGAAUGGUUGCGUGUUAUUUCCGAAGGCAUGCUCUGGAAAAAGCUGAUCGAACGCAAAGUGCGCACCGAUUCCUUGUGGCGUGGCUUGGCCGAACGUCGUGGUUGGAUGCAAUAUCUCUUUAAGCCACGGCCUGGCACCACUCAUAGACCACACUCAUUUUAUCGCGAACUCUAUCCUACUAUAAUGAAGGAUAUUGAGAGCAUAGAGAGUAAUUGGCGCAGUGGUCGUCACAUGUUACGUCGCAUUAAUUGCCGUUCGGAGAAUUCAAAGGGCGUCUAUUGUCUGCAGUAUGACGAUCAGAAAAUUGUUUCUGGGCUGCGUGAUAAUACCAUUAAAAUUUGGGAUCGUACGGACUUGCAGUGUGUUAAGACCCUAACUGGUCACACAGGUUCGGUUUUGUGUCUUCAAUAUGACGAUAAGGUCAUCAUAAGCGGUUCAUCGGAUUCGACGGUGCGCGUUUGGGAUGUGAACACCGGCGAAAUGGUCAACACACUGAUUCACCAUUGUGAAGCUGUGCUUCAUUUACGCUUCAAUAAUGGUAUGAUGGUAACCUGCUCGAAGGAUCGUUCGAUUGCUGUUUGGGAUAUGACCUCGCCCAGUGAGAUCACCUUGCGACGCGUUUUGGUCGGUCAUCGUGCCGCCGUGAAUGUUGUGGAUUUUGAUGAGAAAUACAUUGUAUCGGCUAGCGGUGAUCGCACCAUCAAAGUGUGGUCAACAUCGAGCUGUGAAUUUGUGCGCACAUUGAAUGGACAUAAACGCGGUAUUGCGUGUCUGCAGUAUCGUGACCGUUUGGUGGUCAGUGGCAGUUCAGAUAAUUCUAUCAGACUUUGGGACAUUGAGUGUGGUGCUUGUUUGCGUGUGCUGGAAGGCCACGAUGAGCUAGUACGUUGCAUACGCUUCGACUCGAAGCGCAUUGUUAGCGGUGCUUAUGAUGGUAAAAUUAAAGUUUGGGACUUGGUUGCGGCGCUGGAUCCGCGCGCACAGGCAAAUACUCUUUGCUUGAAUACCUUGGUGGAGCACACAGGCCGUGUCUUCCGCUUGCAAUUCGAUGAAUUCCAGAUUGUCAGCAGCUCGCACGAUGACACCAUUCUCAUAUGGGAUUUCUUGAAUUUCCAACCCAAUGAAAAUGCGUCCGGCCGCCCUCCAUCACCCGCCCUCACGUUAAUGGAACAUUAACGUUUCGCAUUGGUUAAGAAUUUCAAUAAUAAUAAUAAUAUUAAUAACAACAACAACAACAACAACAACAACAACAACAGCAACAACAACGCAACUGGUGUAUGACAAAUUCACGCUAAAGCGAACGUAAAGGCACUUCUAAUUCAAACACCCUAAUAUAAAAAAAGCAAAAAAAGGUUAAUUGUGUUAAAUUUAACCGACAACACAGCAACAUAACGAAAAUUGUAAAGAAAAAGAAUCUGAAUAAAAAACAACAACACAAAAUACAAAUAA